GGUACGUUCGUAACCUACUGUUGUUUUGACGAAAAUGUGGUGCCUGUGUUGAGAACAGUGAAUCCAUUUAUUCAACGGGGAGCGAAGACUUUAUACCUUUUUUCUGGUGGAAUAGCAUGCAAUUAAACUGCAAAGGUGGCUGGCGUAUCAGCGACCACGGAGCGACUCACAGCUCCCCCCGCGCCUCAACAGGGCCCCUCGCCCCUUCAGCUCUUAGAUGAGUCUCACAUGUCAAUUGCUGCGGCUGAAAAUGCAGGGCUUGGCCCAUGUGAACUACCACUGUCGGACCAGUGGCUUGUCCAUACACAGCUGUCGCAGUCAGCGCAACCGUCUCAAGCAUCGUUCUACUCAUCGCCCGCCGGUGGCCAAGGUUUGGGUGGACUCGGUGGACUGUCAGCAAACACCACACUGCCGAUACAGCAACAUUCCUCCGGUAUUCAGCAGCAGCAGCAGCAGCAGCAGCUGUCACAGAACCAAAUCGGUGCACCGCAGUCCGGCGCCGCCACCGCAGCAACAUCAGGAGCAGCAGCCCCGGCAUCACAACUGCAGAGUCAGUCAAAAAUAAUGAAUGUCGUCGUACCAUCCGUGGCCUGUCCGCCUACCGCAUCGAAAAAGAUUCGCCGAAAGCCAGACACGAAGCAGCCACAGUCGCAGAUCAAUAAGUGCAACAACGAGAAACGUCGCCGAGAGCUAGAGAAUGAAUACAUCGAACAACUCGGCGAGUUCCUGCAGAUUAAGCGGGAUAUGACCGCCUGCAAACCAGACAAAGCGGCGAUAUUAAGUGAAGUAGUACGAACGUUUCGUCAUAUGAUAGAGCAGGGCAACCCGAAUCUAACUGGUUCGAGGUGCUCCAAAUGCUCGCCGGAUUGUUCCGCUUCCUGCAAACUGCACCCGGUGCAACAGGGGGAGGUAUCGUCCACUGAACCGCCACUACCGGAGCCGUCGGUGAACGGCCACUCGCCGGAAAAGUCGGCCUACUUCGAGGCAGUGCAGCACUACAUCUCGAACGUCGGCUGGGCCCUGCUCGAGAUCAACUCGGAGGGUGUGAUCGAAUGUGCCACGGAGAACGUCCGCGACGUACUGCACUACUCGCGCACGGAGCUCCACGGACAGUCUAUCUAUUCGUACCUGCAUACUGGUGAUCAUUCAAAGCUGAGUCCUAUUUUAAAUAAGAAUUCGAUUGAGCUAAACUGGGAUCAAAAUGAGAUGUUCUAUCAGACGCCAAAGCGUACCAUUCGGACAAAGAUUCGUUGGCUACUAAGGGCGCCGGAAAGUGCGAACGAAACGAUCGAGCAGAAGCAGCAGCGGUUGGAGAAGUACAAGGAUCUGCUCAUUAUCUCCGCGCCGGUAAAGGAUGAUACGGAGGAAUCGUCCUCGGUGCUCUGUCUAAUUACACUACCCGAGGACGAACAGGCAACCAUCGAAACGACCACAAUGCCACAAACCCUCGACGAGCAGCUAACACUGAAGCUGGACAUUAAUGGUAACAUAAUAAAUUAUGACGCAUCGACGCUAAGGAAACAGUUUGCAGGAAAUCUAACCAAAGAGACUAUACGGUCAAUAUACGACCUCUGUCACAUCCAAGACCGUACGCGGCUAAUCGAGCACAUCGGUAGCGUCCGGUCGGCGAACGGGACGCCUCUCGAGCUGACGUACCGGUUGCGCUUCGGCAGCCCGGACGUGUACGUGCACGUGAAGAGCCAGUCGAAGCUGUUCCGUUGCACCAAGCCGAACGAGACGGACUUUAUUAUGGCCGUCUGCACCGUGCUGACGGAGAACGAGAUUGCUAUGCUUUCGGUGGACAGUGGCGCGGCCGGUGGCAGUUUGGCGAUGGGUGGCGGCAGUAACAUUAAUAGCAACAAUAACACCAGCGGGAGCAACAACAGUAGUAACAGCAAUCCUACCUCGUCCUCGUCGCUGGGCCUGCUGAUGCCAAGCACGAGCUGCUCGGUGGCGACCGGUGGCCUCAACAACGGGGGCAACGACGUCGUCGCCCGCCAUAUGGCUCAAAUCACGCAGGGAGUCAGCAAUAUGGGUGGACCACUGAUGUCCAGUGUACUGAAUGGCGGUGGAAAUGGAGGACAAGGUGCUGGAUCCGGGCAUGCACCAUCGGGCAUGCUUGGAGCGGGCCCGGGAGGAGGGGGAGGAAAUAUAGCUGGUCCAAACAUGGCGGGACCAGGUGGUAUGAUGGGCGGUAACAACACCCCUGGCACACCGGGUCUCGGCGGAGGGAACGGGGUCGGCGGCAUGGGUAGUGGAAUGAGUGGCAGUUCGACGCUCGCCUCGAUUGUAUCCCCCCGGAGCAACAUGAACUCGUCCUCGGUCGUCUGUGGCCCGUCGUCUGACGGCUUCUUUUCGGCCGAGUUUGAACUCGAGUUUCCACAUUCCACGUUCGAGAUGGAGCAGGUCGGUGUCAGCUGGGAUUCGCGACCGGAUUCGCGGGCCAGUGUUACGCCGGUCAGCACCCCAAGGCCACCGUCCGUCAGUGCCUACAGCCCGGCGGCCGCACCCAUGUGUGCCUCGCCGAUGACGCCGUACUAUUCGGGGAACACGAUGGGCGGCAUGCCGUCGCCCUCGAACAACAUCGGCAGCAAUGGUAGUGGCGUGGGCGGGGGAGGCGGACUGAUAAAUCCAACCAUGUCCAUCGGUAGCAACAACAACAACAACAAUAACAACAACAAUACCAACAACAACAACCACAACAACCCGGGGUCAAACUUCGGAGGCAAUGCGUUUCAGUUUUCGUUCGAAGACAACAAGGACAAGCUGCAGGAUCUGCAAUCCCAGCAGCAGCAGCAGCAACAACACCACCCACACAUGUCCCCAAUGCAGCAUCAUUCACCGAUGCCACCUCAACAGCAGCAGCAGCAGCAGCAGCAACAAAUGGUGCAACGACAGCAGCAACAACAACAGCACCUGCAUCAGCAACACCAACAGCAACAGCAACCUCAGCCACCAUCGAAUUCGCAUGACUCCGAGCGAUUACGGAACCUGCUUACAACCAAGCGACCUCACUCAAAUGCCUCAUCCUCGUCCGGCCUGGAUCUGGAUCACGACCAUCGGAACCAGAAUCGAAUUCUAAAGGGUUUGCUAAAUUCGGAGGAAGAGAAGGAUAGUCAUGGCAAUAAAUUAAGUACCGCAUCUCUUUCACAACGUAUACCUCAGUCUGUUAGAACCCAAGCGCAGGGUAAUGGUAGUGUUGUUGGUGGUGGUGGUGGUUUUGGCGGGCUGGGGGUAACGCUCCGUCCGGGGAAUGAGACUAGUAAAUCCGGUAGCAAUAAUAUGCUGUUACAGCUGCUCAACGACAAAAGCGACGAUGACGAUAGCGACAUCCGCAACCGGCAAGGUUCGAGCGAGCUUCUUAAGCAGCUGCAGAAGGUGAAAGAUGAGCCAAAGGAGCACAAUCCGGCGCCCCUCAACAACGAAGAGCUGAUGCAGCUCCUGCGAGUGCAGAGCAAUGACCGGAAGCGACCGUCAACCGAACCGGAUGAAGGUUCCGCAGUUAAACGCUCGGACACGCGACCGUCGAAGUUGCGCGAGAAGAAUAAGAUGCUCGCGUCACUGCUGGCCAACCCGGCCAAAGCGCCGAUGCCGAUGCAAACGCCCAUGCCGUUCAAUCGCAUCAUCCCGGACAUCCCGAACUCCGGCGUGGCCCGCCAGCUGGCGAACGUGUCGAGCUCGACCGCGCCACCAAACCAAACACUCAACAACAAUAAUCUGACGACGAGCAACAAUAAUCUAAAACAAGUACAACAGAUGACCCAAAUGCGCCUCCAACAGCAGCAGCAGCAGCAGCAGAUGCGCAAAUCAGCGAUGCCUUCUCAAUCACAACAGCCUCCAACAUCCUCCGAACUCAUCUACCUCAACCAGCAGCAGCAACAGCAGCAGCAGCACCACCAUCAGCACCAGCAACACUCGCAUCAUCCGCAGCAUCAGCAUCACCCACAGCAGCAGCAGCAUCAUCCGCAGCAUCAUUCGCAACAGCAGCAGCAUUCGAUGAUGCAGCAGCAAAUGUUGGCCGCCCAACGGCAGCAGCAGAACUUCUCGCCGGCGAUACAGGACGCCGGCAUCGGUUCGGCCGGGGGUGGUGGUGGUGCUUUCGCUACAUCGACACCCGCUACCUCGACGCAGCUCGCCUCCGAGUGGGACCCGGAGCUCAAUGAAAUACUUAAUCAUGUGAUCGAAAUUGCGCCGGAUGAUUUUGCCGAAAGCGAACUCAACAGUAUCUUAGGCUUAAAUCCAAUAGAAUCGUCCACAUCCUCCGUUGCACCAUCGCAGUCCAGCCAGCCCGACAUUCACGAAAAGCUCGCGAUCAACGCGAUCCAGAAGUCGCUUAUGCAGUAUGAGAACGUAAGCUCUCCAAUGCAGCAGCCUCAAUCGCAGCCACAGUUUAGUGGCAGUCCACCGGCGUACCCGCUACACGCGGCCAUGGCAGGCGGUGCCGCCGGUGCUGGUAGUGGCUCCACGCCCGGUGGAAACAGCAUGGGCCAAAGUGGUGGUGGUACGGGUAGUACAGUUGUUGGUGGAGGAGUGGGCGGCACUGGACCAGCCGGUAGCUCCGGCAACAUGCAGCAGCAACCCUCACCGGCCGGACCGAAUCAAAACUUUACACCCCCGCCCGUGUACACGCAGCGCAUGCGGUUACCAUCCGGGCCGCUCGGAACCGGUGGCAACGCAGGCGUACCGCCGAACGUACUUGCACUGCAAAAGCUGCAGCACCAGAACCGAGAACGUAUCCUGCAGGAGCAGCAGCGAGCGCGGCUUCUUCAGCAACAGCAAAAGCAGCAGAUGGUCGUGAAUCCGUCGGCGAACUCUGAUCUCGGUCCCCCAAACGUCACGCUGACGAGAGCAAAUAAUGUGCCCGACUCACAACUCAGUCCCGGAUUUUCACCCAACCUGAUGCAGCAACAGCUGAGUCCAAGCCAACGGACGCAGCUUAGUCCGCAACAGACAGGAUUCCAAGGAAAUCCGUUCAACAACAACCCAGGUCAUCGACUAUCUCCUCAGCUGCAGCAAAUGGUGUCCGGUUUCGGUAACGCCGGCGGAAACGUUAAUCAGCAGCUCUCUCCACGCCAACCACCGUUCGGCAGUGGUGCCAUGGGGGCCGGUGUCGGUGGCCAACCGGGCAAUCAGCCUCCGAACGUUGUAGCCCCGGGCCAAUCACCUCAACAGCAGCAACAGCAGCAACAACAGCAACAGCAACAGCAACAGCAGCAGCAACAACAACAGCAGCAAGCACAGCAGCAGCAAUGGCAGCAGAAUGCAAACGCGAGGCUCUCCAUUCAGCAGCAAAACCCGAUGCUCAAUGCUCAGCUUUCGUCCGUGGGCGGAUUCAAUCCGGCGGCAAAUCGGCAGUUCGUGGGUCCACCGCAGCGGCAGCGCAAUACGCUUAACAGUCCCGGAACGCCCCGGCAGCAGAACACCUUCGGUGGCACGAUGGUCGACGGGGGUGGUUUCCCCGGUCCACCCAGCCCGUCGCCGGUCGUCGGCGUGUCGGCGCCGAACUUUGCCAACACCGUCUUUGCCAACCAGCAGAUGAGGCUCCAGCGGCAGGGCAGUGUUCCACCGCAAGCUACCCAGCACUUGCCAGCGUUUUUCGCAGGAUCGCCCCGUUCCGCGUACGGUGGACAUGGGCCCGGUCCGGACGCCACCGGUUACGGUAUGAUGUUCGGCAAUGCGGCAGCAAUGCAGCAGCACACGGCGGGCUCACCAGGCGAUUUCUUCAAUCGCGGUCAUACUGGUCUCAACGGUGGUAUUAUCGGUGGUGGAAAUGGUAUUGGUGGCGGCGGCGGCGGCGGCGGCAAUGGUGGUCUCAGCAAUGGUCAAGGGCUGAACCAGUCGGAACUGGUGCGGCAGGAACUGCGUGCGAUCGUCAGUGGCCGUGCGCAACGGCCCCCGUCGCACGGUACCGCCAGCAUGGGACUGUCGCCCCUCGGGGCCCUCUCCCUGGGGUCCGCCAGCGAAGGCGGUGCAGGUGGUGGUGGUACGGGUGGUGGCGGCGGUGGUGGUGGAGUCGGUCUCAGUUGUUCCACGAUUGGGAGCAGCAACGGUGGGACGAUAUCCAGCGCCUCGACUAUGCUCGGUAGCAUCGGUGGACCUGGUCGGGGUGGUAGUGGUGUUGGUGGUGGUGGAGGAAGGUCCUCGGCAGCGGACCCCGGUGCGCCCGGGAUGCUGGGACUCGGUGGUAGUAGUGGUGGUAAUAGUUCCUCGGCUGAUCUCGAUCCAUCGAUGCUGUUCAAUUUCCAUCUCAAUCAGAAAGAAUUUUUCGGAGGAAAUACGAGUCGGUGACCCGAGAAAUUCAUCCCUUCUUCUGCAAAAACUUCUGUCGGACUGAAGUGAUCGCGGCCCGGGAGCCCGCGCCGACUCCGGUGUGAAGCCAUAGCUGCCACCGGCAGCUAUCGGUAUCCCGAGGCCGAUAACAACACCUCUGGCUGCAGCGAGACACAAACAAACAAUGAAGUGGUGCAUGAGACACGGUUACCGUUUAAGCACUAGCCAACCAACACACCAUCUAGCCUCCUCUCGGGUCCGAGAGGACCGUGCCCUUCCGCCAACGGGGAAGGAGCUUGAGAGAGGCGCGCACACGCUGCAAGAUGGACAGUCUUAGGAGAAGGCGAUACAUAUAAAUAUAGAAAAGAGAACAUGAUUGGCGAACGAUAGAGAAUACCAAGCAAGUGUACUGAAGAGGCUCUUCCCAGGGCAGGGGAGAAGAAAGGGAUUCCCACGGAGUACAGAGGUGUUGUUGCAACAAGGUAAAAGGCACAAUUCCUCUUUCUUCCUUUCCCUCACUCCCCGAACUCCGGGAGGGCAAACUAACAAAUGAUACAACCGAUUUGUGAUUUGAUGUUGAAAACAAAGUAAAAUUAAACUGUCGUGUAUAGGACAAAGAUUUAAAGAAAAAGAAAAGCUAGGAUGAAUUAUAGAGAGAGAGAGAGAACAAAAACCUAAACAAAACUAAAAAAAAGGCAAAUGUACGCGUAUCGUGCAUGUAAAAAAUACAAACAUACAAAGUGUAGAACAAACAAGCGGGGAGGGAUGUAAAAGGGGAGCGCGCUAUAUUGAACGAGGCGGGUAGUUCUAGAGAGAGCGGGAGAGUUAAAUGAGUAAACGCUAAUGUAUUCUAGUAUGACUAAAGGCAAACAAACAAACAAGAAAAAAUAUAUGUACAUAUUAGCCAUGUAUGUAUGUAAACAGUAAAACACAGAAACAAUAACCUAAUGGGAGAAGGGGUUAAUAACAAGCGCGCGCGCAAGAGCGAGAGAGAGAAAUAACUUAUCCGUACAUAACACGGUAAUGCUCCGGUAUGCUUUGUACACCAUAUAGAAACAUGUUAGAAAAAAAACGAAGAAAAAAAGUAACAAAAUACAUUAGUAAAGAAGGACAGAGUAGCCGUUGCAAGAAAAAAAAACAAACAUUAUAAGGAAGAUGGACAUGGAAACAUGGAAGGAAAAUAGAAAUACCUCUAACUUUAGUUCAAAGUAAAAGUAAAACAAAACAAAACAAAACAAAAAGAAAUGCUUAGAAACCUACACACACAGACACGCACACACAUACAAAUAUGUCACAGACCAACAGACACUGAGAAAAGUAACACUUUGUGUUUCUGGGUGAAAUAAGAAUAUCGGAGAUAUUCGUCGAAAAACGAAGUGCGGUUUUGGAAAACAAUCCCUCUCCGCGAAAGAGAUGUAAACCCAACACAAAAGUUAGGAAGCAUUGGUGCCUACAACGAAGGUGACAGAUCGAAAAUUUUGUAGUAAUUUACUACAAAACUGUUGCUGCCUAUUUGUUAUUUGCACGAGAACAAAGGACACCCAAUCGGUUUCGCUUUUAUGGCAUGAAAUGCAUCCAAGCAGUCCUCAGUUUCUUGUCAUAGACACACAUAAAACACACACACACCCAAACACUGGGGAAAAGAAUAUAGCAUGACCAAUCGUGCAAACACACAUACCGCACAUACACACUACCGUGAAAUCGGCCCAGGAAGAGUAAGUUCGUGUACUGUGAUAAUUUCUAUUUGUUUUCGAUACCACGAACCUUCCGAUGCCGGUAUUUUUAAUUUUUUUUAAAUUGUUUUUAGUUAUUAUUUCAAAUUUGCGUAUGAGUUUGUGUGUGCAUGUGCGGUUGUCCCGGUGGUUACGGUGGUAAUGUCUUUGGCAGCGCCGGGACGUAAGUGUCCUGUUUGUGUCCUUACCUUUCUUGGGGCACACUGGAAGAAACAUGGUAAGGAAGUGAAAAUGACAAUGAAGCAUUUCUCUUUGUUUCCGUACGUGUAAAUUUGUCUGUGUGUGUGUGUGUGUUUGUGCAUCUUCAAUGAGUGCUUUUUAUAUGCGCGUUGAUUUUUCGUAAUGCAGAUUGGUUGGUACAAAACUUUUUGGAAUUGGAAAAUGGUAGAAAACCACUCAAAAAAAAAACAUAAAACAAAACAUAACGGAAGCGAGCAAGAAAGAAUUCAAGAAAAAGAAAUAUUACCUAACGGAAAAGGGAUUAAAUUGCAACGCAGGUUGAAAUAGGCAGAGUUUGCAGAUUUUAACGAUAAAAGGUGAUCGUUAUGUAUAUAUUAUUUUGAUGUGUAAAAGUUGUACAAGUUUUUCUUUUAUAGUUAUUAUAUACAAUAUGGAUUUUUUUU